UCAUCCGCGCCAUUAAAUUUCAUGAGGGACGUUUCAGUGAAAGACUCCUGGCUUUUGUAACCAACUCAAAUCCAACAAAAUACAUGCGCAUUCACCAAGAAAAUUGGACCAGCAACUCAUUUCAUCUUGCGUGUCAAUAUCUCGGUUUUGGAGGUGUGUAUGCUAUCGUCGGGGGAGAGGAAAACGGAACUUCUUUCCUCGAAGGCGUGACUGACACUGCAUCAGUGGUGUGUCCUCCCGAUGCUACUGAUAUCUCCGACUGCUGGCAAUCCGGAGGGCCAACACAUGGCAGAGUGGAAGAAAGUGUGGCAGUUGUAUGCUGUCCCGUUUCCCGUUGCAAUCCGCCUGGUAACCCUCUUGGACUGGAGAGUGGCGCAGUCCCCGACUCGGCAAUUACCGCAUCCAGUUGCUUUAGCCGCCGUGCCUGCAGCCACGAUGCCCGUCUGAAUGGAGAAUCGGCCUGGCUUCCCGCCGGAAAUGACGACUCAUACCAAUGGCUUGAAAUUAAGUUUGAAUCGAUCUUCAUCAUCACCGCCAUCGUUACACAAGGAAAGCCAAAAAGUACAAGACAUGUGACGUCAUUCACUUUAGCAUCAAGUCGGGACAGUAUCCACUGGGACUAUUAUAGGAACAACAAUGAUAUUCAGGCGUUUGCUGGGAAUUACGAUUCGGACAGCCCCGUGACCCACGUCUUCGAGAUACCAUUAUUGGCGCGCUUGGUUCGCGUCCAACCCAGGACAGCAUCCAUUUACUUGACGAACAAGGUCAUGAUGGGGGCUCUCCGGGUAGAACUCCUAGGAUUUGGACCUCUCUCAAACACAACAGCAUCCAUGAAUAUCAAAGGUCAACUUGGUUGCAGAAUUCUCAGAGGAGAUGGUCUGGGUGUGGAAGAUGGCCGGGUCCCCGAUUCCAGUAUGACUGCCUCCUAUGUGUCUAAGCCAGGCGCAGAAGCUCAUCGUGGAAGAUUAAAUCAUAUGGCAACAAACACUAGCUUAGGAGCAUGGAUGCCUGAUGAAACGAAAAUCGGGAAAGUAAAUACAUGGAUUAAGGUUGAUAUUGGAGAAGUAAUGCUAGUGACUGGCGUUGUCACGCAGGGUCAGGCUCAACUGGAUCAUUUUGUCAUAUCUUAUGACAUCUCCUACUCACUGGACAAUGUAAAAUGGUUUUACCCAUCGGAGGAAGAAUGUGGCUGCUCUAAGCCUUAUAAUGGUAAUUAUGAUAACAUCACUCUGUCAACCACGCUCUUUCAACGACCAUUCAAAGCUCGCUACGUAAGGUUUCAUCCAUUCCAAUAUCACACGGCCAUGGCAAUGAGGAUUGAGGUCCUGGGGAUGUCGGAACACGAAAGCGAUUAAUUCAUACAGUAUAAGUGACAGAACGUAAUUGUAAAGAAUCGCCUGGCGGCCGUUUCAUAAAGCUGUUCAUAGUUAAAAGCAACAUUAAAAACGACUGGUGAUCCUUUCUUACUUGCUAAACCAUCGCCAAUUAUAACAUUUACCACAAGAAAGGUUCACCAGUUGUUCUCACGAACAGCUUUAUGAAACACCCACCUGGGGUCCGCUUCAUAAAGGACUUGCAACUGUUGUAACUUUGGCAUUAUGGCAACCACUGUACCAUGGUUACCUGGAUUGUGAUUGGCUGCUGAGCCCUGUUACCAUGGCAGUUGCCAUUAUGGCAAAGUUAAAACAGUUGCAAGCCCUUUAUGAAACAGGCCCCAGAGGUGUGAGUUGUUCCAUGACAUUUGUUCCAGGGACAACAACGACACAUAAAUGGAAUGAUCAACUUAAACCCUGGAUUUAACACUAUACCCUUUCUUAAACCUAACAUAAACCCUAUUGCAACCCUAACCCUAUAUCUUAGAAAAAUAAAGGCGGAGAAAUUGUCGCCAAGCAAAUGUUGUGUCACCGUGUGAGCAAUGGUUUCACGAUUAAAUUCUGCGCAUAAGCAGCAUGAUGUCAUCGACUCCCUAUUCCUUUUAUAUUUCAUUAUAAGGGAUAUAAUUUUUUUCUCUCUCAUUCCUAAGAGAGAUUUGUAGCUUUCCAAUUUCGAUUUAAAUAAGGAUAUCUUCAUAAUUGACAAUGAGAAAUUUGAAAACAGGUGAAAUCUCUAAUACUUGUUUAGUACCUAAGCGAUUUUGAGCAUAUGCAAUUGUGCAUGCCAGUUCAUGAUAUGAACAAUAUUUGGCUACCCAUAUGUAAACCACUCAGCAGUCCACUGACAAAAGGAAGGAAUUAUGUGUAUGUGGAAUUACUUUCUUCAUAAAUGAGGAAAACGUGUCAUUAUUUUUGGUGGAAGUAAAUUUAUAUUUUAAUUGCUUUGAAAUUUAUACUUUAGAAUUUGGGAGUUAUGUCACUCCACUUCCUUUAGCAACAUAAUACAGUAAACAUCCCAAAUCAAGAAAAAAGGUCAAAUUUUGAAAAAUUCCUUUUGUCAUGGGACAGGUCAAGGGCCUUUCACAAUUGGUCAAGCUACUAGUUAUAAUGUUGUGAUUAUGUGCAACAUUGAUUGCAACCAAAGGAUCACAAACGGUCGCACAACUAAAUGUAAAAGGAACUCCUUUUGAAUAACUGUCAACUAAUCUACAUUUUUUUUACAAUGAAUUCCAAAAGAAUACCAAAUCGAUUAAAUUUGUGUGGGGCAACAAUUAGAUGUUUUAUUUGUCAGUAAAUAGGAACUUGGAACGAUUUGUCUCACAACCACCAUUCACAAAAAAGUGUUGUGUUUGUCUUAAUGAGCGUUUUACAUACUCAAUACAUUACAAAAACAGGAUAUAUCUUAGCUCCAUUAAACAAUCAUUCUUACCAAAACAAAUCAAAGAACUUCAAAUAAUGUGGAAAUGUAAUCAACCUAAGCAUGGAUUCUUCAAAAAGUCAGAAGACUAGGAUAAAAGAAAGAAAAUUUCAAAAAAUGAAAGUUGAGUAUAUAUAUAUAUGAAAUUGCCUGGAAAGCACUCCGUUGUAAAAGAUGUGUAAAAAUCAAACAGAUCUGUACAAGUGUGUCUGUUGUGAUUGUUCAACGCUAGAAUCAGUCGAAAUGAAAAUGGCUAAGAAAAGUUGCAAAACAAAACACCGCUAUAAACUGACAAUGCUACUUACUUAAUUCAUGGCAAGAUCACCGUAAUCUACAUUUUCAUUACAAUUAAAAUUUAAGGAUAUGCUUUAUUCUAUGUACUAUUUGUUUUGCAGCUAAUCAUUUAUUUAUGUAGUUAUGAUACAUGUUAUAUUGAAAAGAAUAUUCCCUUGAAUAAAACGAGUGAUAGUUGCUAAAAUACACACAUGUUUACACAGUUUGCGAGUAUUAUCUGUACAAUUCAAACACCUAUGAUAACUAAACAGCAAUCUAACCAGGCUUGAAAAUUGCCUUGUUGCCUGCCACCCACAACAACACUACAACUAUCACAACUAGCAACUUCUUUGCACCGACAAUCUCAUCCACCACUUGGGAGAAGAUAAUCCCUUCUGGCCAAUAAUAUCUCAUAAUUUUCUCUUCGAAGAGUAGAAUGCAUUUACAUUAUCUGCUGAAGCAAAUUAUACAGAAUUAUUUCAUAAUAGCAAUUGUGGGCAAAACCACA